AUAAUUAACAAAUAAGAUACAUAUUUUAUCUCUCAGUUAAUUCAUUGGACAUGUCAUUAGAAUAGUAAUUAAGAAAAAAAAAUGGAGAUCCACAAAUAAAGUAAAAUAGAAAAGCAAGAAAAGAUGGGAGACUAGAAAACCCUAAGAUAUUUUGGUUUAGUGCCGAUGAAUGUAUGAUCCUCGCUUGGCGUCGGCAUUUCUUUCGGAGUCUAGUCUAAUCCUCUUCUCUGACGUUAUUCCAAGUCAAUCGAAAUAGAUCUACAACAUGGACUCACAGAGGGAAAGAGAGAGAGAGACCGUGUAGCUAAAGAGGGGGCAUCUUAACCGAAAGAGGAGAGAGGGGAUUAGCUGCUGAUGGAGGGGAGAAAUUGGAAGAGAUCCAAGUCCCAGGCAGGCCAUGUAUCGGCGGAGAGAGAGGAUGGUGAUAAGAAGAGAAACAAUUAUGCAUAUCCCUCAAGCUUGAUGGAAACGGGCCGAUCUCAACAAGACACAUCCGCCAUCGUAUCCGCCCUCGCUCAAGUCAUUGCAAACCCUGCUGCCGCCGAAUCUCAUCAUGCAUCCCUCAGUUCAUCCGCAUCUUUAUCUCAAAGUUCGCUUCAUGAUCAUCAGGCUCCAGAUGCACAAGUAGGGAAGAACAAGAAGCUGGAGGUGAGUAGGAACUAUAGAGGGGUGAGGCAAAGGCCAUGGGGUAAGUAUGCAGCUGAGAUUCGGGAUCCGAAGAAGGCAGCUCGAGUGUGGCUCGGAACAUUCGACACUGCGGAGGGAGCCGCGCUGGCUUACGAUGAGGCCGCCCUCAGGUUCAAAGGCAACAAAGCCAAGCUCAACUUCCCUGAAAGAGUUCACUCUUUGCCUCCACCCUAUGGUCCCGCUAGCAAUGCUUCUCAGCCUCAAUCUCAGCAGCUCCCUCCAGCUUUCAGCUCAUGUGACAAUCAUGUUGGGGCUCAACUGAUGGAUGGUUGUGCCAUGCCACCUCCAUGUCCCAGCUUUGUCCGCGGACAAGGCCCUACUUCUUCAGCUUCCGCCAGUGAUUAUUUUCAGUCUCUCCAGCCUACUCCUUCAUCGUCGUCGUCUUCUUCCACGACGUCCCCUUUCCAUCAACAUGAUCCCCAACAUAGCUUCGAUGGCUUUUCUUCUUCUUGGAGAUCCUCCCAAGAAUAGGACAUCACUCAGCCAGUAAAUGUUGCAUCCAGACCUUAAGAAAGUAUUUGCUCUCACUUACUUCAUUAAACUUCAUCACCUUAUAAACUCACUCUCUCUCAAUUUAAGGAUUUCACAUAUAAAUCAUUUAUGCAGCGUUCUUCCUCCAAUCCAUUCUUGUUUCCUUUGUCUUGAGAUGUGAAAUGUUAAGUUAGAUAAUAAUCUUGUGAAAGAGAAGUGGUCAGAUGGGGUUUUAGGGUUCUUUUAGUACGAAAUGGAAUAGUAAGUGUGUGUCCUAGCUUACAACCACCAUGUAAAAUUGGAUUGGCAUGGUAAAUGCUCCAUAGUCACCCCCAAAUUUUGCAAUUAUAGAUGUAAAUCUCUAAGAAA